GAGCAGCGGCGGUGCGCGGCGCGUUCACGCCGCGGGUCCACUCGCGAACGCGGCGGGUCCGGGUAUCAAACGGCGAUGCGAACGCACGCUACCUGCGCGACUCGGGAUGUCCUCCUUGCCGUCGUACGGGCGAGCAUUGUUCUCUCGAUCCCCGACUUUAUUUGUCACUUCAUGGUCGCUUUGAUUAUUUAUUUCUUUUACGCACGGCUGCCAACUGCGCCCGUCGAAAAUUCGACGGAGUCGCUUGUGGCGCGCCACCCGUGCGCGAGACGAAGACGGGACGAUGCGCCGCCGCGCGGCGAGAGCGGGACGCGCAUAUAUAUGCUUUCCUUCACGCGCCUGCGCGCUGGACCGCGCGGAGAGAACCACGCUCUCGCCGCUCCGUUGCCCCGCGAGGGUUACUAUUUUGGUCUUUCUUUGGUUAUAUUUUCGCCUUCUCGAUCGCCUCUUUCGAUCGCUGUCGCCGCGGCGGCGGCGGCGGUGGCGGAAGCGGCGGCGGCAAUGCUGCCCGAUCGUUUUCUUCCGUCCGUCGCAGUCGUGUUCGUUAACGACGGCUCGAUGAGCCGGAAAGAGGACGUCUUUGCCCCCAGAUUUUAUUUUGCACUUGACUCGUAUCUGCGAAUCGAACCUUCGAGUUUGGAAUGCGUGCGGGACGGGUGGAAGCAAGUAGGACUCGCAUGGCACGAUGCGUCCUGCAUUUCCCGACAAGCACGGCAGGCCCCUUCGCCAAGGAAAACCCGACUGGUUCGAAAAGUUCACGCCUAGAUAACCUAGAAUGGAAUAGCACU